AUGCUUCGAUCUCUGCGCCGUCUUGUUUGCUUUUCUUCUAAGCCAUGCGAGCCCACCGAUGCUUCAGAUAUACAUAAUGUCAUUCGUAUGAUUGAAGCACCGGCGAGGUUUCAGUCACGCAUUGCUAGCCCCUCUAUACAAACACAUACCACUAUACAACCCAGGGCUUCGAUACCCCCGUCCUGCAAUAUCAGCACACACACAGACUCCUCGGACGCAUCAGACGAAGAAACAGAAGCAACAACAGUUUCAAUUGCCUCUGAUACCCCCCUGCCCAAGACAUUCGCCAAGUCCACCGCCACUCACUUGAUCACACCGUAUAUUUCAAUCCUGCAAGCAGAUGGAACCCUGAAAGCCCCACAGGUUUCAUUCGACGGCUACGGCUCCUACGGGGGCCGGUAUGCCCCAGAAUCUAUCAUGGGUUUCUUAUACGAGCUGACCUCAUUCUUCGAGGCCACUGUCUCAGAUCCCUCCUUCUGGCUCGAGUAUGCCACGUUCCAGGGUUCCCGGCGCACCCAACUGCACAUGGCUAGCAAGUUGACCAGUCUGGCCGGCGGUGCAACAAUCUGGCUCAAGCGUGAAGAUCAAAAUGAAUACGGAACACACAAGGCCCGCAAUAUCGUCGGGCAACUCUUACUGGCUCGAAGAAUGGGCCGCUCCGAGGUCGUUACUGAUUGCGCCUCUGCCAAACAUGGCACUUUUACCGCUGCAAUGUGCGCGAGGCUGGGUCUCAGCUGCGUGAUUGUCAUGGGUGCCGAUGACGCUAAUGCGCAACUCGACGACCGCCCCUCUGGCUUGGGCUCCCUGCGUGCUGCCAUCACCGAGGCCCUGCGCUAUUCGGUUUGCAACUAUCAGUCUGCAUACUACCUCAUGGGUAGCCCUGUGGGUCCCAGUCCGCUGCCGACCCUGGCUCGCACGUUCCAAGGCCUCCUAGGCGAGGAGGUCGCGGCCCAGAUGCAGGAGGUUGGCUGUAAGCCUGAUGCCCUCGUCACUGCUGUUGGGAGUGGAAGUGGUGCAAUUGGACUCUUCAGGCCCUUUCUGCAUGAUUUGUCUGUCAGAUUGGUUGGCGUCGAGGCUGCCAUGGCAGGUGCCCUGACAGAUGGUGAGCUUGGUGUUCUCCAAGGUGCCCGCACGCUCUUGUUGCAGACGAAUGAGGGCCAGAUACUUGACUCGCAUUCCAUCUCACCAGAUAUGAAUUUGUCGACUGUGGGCCCUGAGGUGGCUCAUUGGAAGGAUUCUGGCAGGAUUGAAAUUUCAACGGCUACCGACGCGGAUGCCCUGGACGGGUUCAAAACCCUUCAACACCACGAGGGUAUCCUUUCUGGCCUGGACUCGAGUCACGCAGUGGCGAAGGCUAUUGGUCUGGCGAGAGAACUUGGUCCGGGUAAGAAUGUGGUUUUGAUGGUGACUGGAUGUGAUAACAUCGACAUGCGUGGUUUGGCGGUCUGA